AAUCCAACAUUGCUUUUGCUUUUGCUUUCUAAAAGCUAAAGAUGACAUCAAAGUAAUGUGUAAGUGAAUGUGAAAGAAAAAAAAGUGAUUAUAGUGCCACCUCUUCCUAGAACACUUCUUCUCACCCUCUCUGCAUCUACUGCUGCAUAUUCAGUACUAUAAACUCUUAUCAUAUUCUAAAACUACACUUUCAUAGUUUCAUUUCACUCUCCUAUACUAUACUUCUCUUCUAAGCUAGAAUCAUUAUUCCACAAAUAAUGGAUUCUCCUACUUUCACUUUUGUUCUCUACACCCUCUUUCUUUUGUGUCUCAACACUACUCUUUCUACUUCUUCAUCAUCAUCAUCAUCAUCAUCAUCAUCAUCACUUCCUAUGUCUUUGAAAACACAAGCUACUAUCUUAGUUUCUCUCAAACAAGAUUUUGAACCAAACACUUCCUUAAAAACAUGGAACAUCUCUAACUACAUGUCCCUUUGUUCUUGGUAUGGUAUUCAAUGUGACACAAACAAUACUUCUAUUGUGUCACUAGACAUAUCAAACUUGAACAUUUCAGGUACUUUUUCAUCUUCCAUCACAAAACUGUCCAACUUGAAAUUCCUCAACAUAUCAAACAACUUGUUCAAUGGAAAUCUAAGUUGGAAAUUCUCUUAUUUCAAAGAUCUCGAAGUUUUCGAUGCUUACAACAAUGAGUUCAAUUGUUCACUACCUAUUGAAGUCACUAAGUUACCUAAACUCAAGUACUUGAAUCUUGGAGGAAAUUUUUUCAAUGGUGAAAUUCCUUCAAGCUAUGGAAACAUGUUGAGUCUUAACUAUUUGUCUCUUGCAGGUAAUGAUUUGAGAGGUUUCAUACCUUAUGAGCUUGGAAAUCUUACUAACUUGACACAUCUUUUGUUAGGUUAUUACAAUGUGUUUGAUGGUGAAAUUCCAUCUCAUUUUGGUAAUCUUGUUAAUUUAGUUCAUCUUGAUCUUGCAAAUUGUGGUUUGAAAGGUUCAAUUCCAAAUGAGUUAGGAAAACUUUAUAAACUAGACACACUUUUCUUGCAAACCAAUCAACUUAGUGGUUCGAUUCCUUCGCAAUUAGGGAAUCUUAGUAGUUUGAAAUCUCUUGAUAUGUCAAACAAUGAGUUAAGUGGAAAUAUUCCUAAUGAGUUUUCAAAUCUUCAUGAACUCACACUCUUGAACUUGUUCAUCAAUAAAUUAUAUGGUGAAAUUCCAUCUUUUGUUUCUGAGUUACCAAAUUUAGAAGUGUUGAAGCUUUGGCAUAAUAAUUUUACAGGUUCUAUUCCUUCAAAGUUAGGACAGAAUGGUAAAUUGAGUGAGCUUGAUUUAUCAACAAAUAAACUCACUGGAUUAGUACCUAAAUCUUUAUGCAUUGGAAAAAAGCUUAAGAUUCUUAUCUUGCUUAACAAUUUUCUGUUUGGUUCUUUGCCUAAUGAACUUGGUGAAUGUUAUACACUUCAACGAGUUCGUUUAGGACAAAACUUUUUAACCGGUUCGAUACCAAAAGGUUUUCUUUAUUUGCCUCAACUUUCACUUCUUGAACUUCAAAACAAUUAUCUUAGUGGUUUUCUUCCACCACAAGAAAUGUCAAACACAAACAGUUCUUCUAAACUUGGAGAGAUGAAUCUUUCGAAUAAUCGUUUAUCUGGUUCUCUACCUAGUUCUAUUGGAAACUUUCCAAAUUUGCAGAUUAUGCUUCUUCAUGGAAAUAGAUUCUCAGGUGAAAUUCCUCAAGAUAUAGGAAAGUUGAAGAACAUUCUCAGGCUAGAUAUGAGUUUCAACAACUUUUCAGGAAAAAUUCCUAUUGAGAUAGGUGAAUGUUCUUUGGUUACCUAUUUAGAUUUGAGUCAGAAUCAAUUAUCAGGUCCUAUUCCAAUUCAGCUUUCUCAAAUUCACAUACUUAACUAUCUUAAUGUCUCGUGGAACAACUUAAACCAAACACUUCCCAAGGAACUUGGUGCUAUAAAAGGCUUAACCUCGGCCGAUUUUUCCAAUAAUGACUUCUCUGGCUCAAUUCCUGAAAUAGGCCAAUUCUCAAUGUUCAAUUCUACUUCCUUUAUCGGUAAUCCGAAGUUAUGUGGAUAUGAUUUGAAUCCAUGUAACCGUUCUUCGUCAACAGUAUCCGAGUCUCAGGAUCAAAACAACGGUCAUGCAAAACCUGGAGUUUUGGUAAAGUACAAGCUUCUAUUUGCAUUAGCACUUCUGUUUUGUUCAUUGGUUUUCGCAACACUAGCUAUAAUCAAAAGCCGAAAAGGAAUUAGGCAAGACUCGAAUUCAUGGAAGUUAACAGCAUUUCAGAAGAUUGAAUAUGGAAGUGAAGAUAUCUUAGGUUGUAUCAAGGAAAGUAACAUCAUAGGAAGAGGAGGUGCUGGUGUUGUAUAUGGGGGCACAAUGCCAAAUGAUGAAAAAAUAGCUGUGAAAAAGUUACUAGGAAUUAACAAAGGUUGUUCUUAUGAUAAUGGUUUAUCAGCUGAAAUAAAAACACUUGGUAGAAUAAGGCAUAGAUACAUUGUGAAGUUGUUAGCAUUUUGUUCAAAUAAAGAUACAAAUUUGCUUGUUUAUGAGUAUAUGACAAAUGGAAGUUUAGGUGAAGUUUUGCAUGGUAAAAGAGGGGGGUAUCUUGAGUGGAAUGUAAGGGUGAAAAUAGCAAUUGAAGCUGCUAAAGGACUAUGUUAUUUGCAUCAUGAUUGUUGUCCUAUGAUUGUUCAUAGAGAUGUUAAGUCAAAUAAUAUUUUGUUGGAUUCUGAAUUUGAAGCUCAUGUUGCUGAUUUUGGACUUGCUAAGUUCUUGUUGCAAGAGAAUAAUGGUGGAACUUCUGAAUGCAUGUCUUCUAUUGUUGGUUCUUAUGGCUACAUUGCUCCAGAAUAUGCAUACACAUUGAAAGUGGAUGAGAAAAGUGAUGUAUAUAGUUUUGGAGUGGUGCUACUAGAACUACUAACAGGUAGAAGACCAGUUGGAGAUUUUGGUGAAGAAGGAAUGGAUAUUGUUCAAUGGACAAAGUUACAAACUGAAUUGAACAAAGAAAAAGUUGUGAAGAUUCUUGAUAAGAGAUUACAUCACAAUAUUCCUUUGGAUGAAGCAAUGCAAUUAUUCUUUGUGGCUAUGUUAUGUGUUCAAGAACAAAGUGUGGAAAGACCAACUAUGAGGGAAGUUGUUGAAAUGCUAGUACAAGCAAAGCAACCAAAUAUAUUUCAAAUGUAGUAUUGAGUGUGUCAUUAAGGAAAUAAUUUAUAAAUAAAGAGAGGGAAGAAAUAAAGAAUAAUUUAGAUGUGCUUUGCAUGGAUUGUAGAGGUCAAUUUUCCUAACUAGCUAGUUUGAUUAUCAGGAUUGUCCGAUUAAGAUCGGACGGUUUCUAUUUAAAGAUAGUUUUUAAUUUUGUUUAAUAUUAAAUUUUUAUAAUCAAAUCAAGGUCGUUCAAUUUUAA